AAUGUCAAAACGCGUUGUUUAGCCCUUAAGAGUCUUAAGACAUGCAAUGAUCUGAACUACCAUUGAAUCCAAUGAUAAUCACUUCAUUUGAUUCAGACAUGAAUUCGUCGCUAAUCCUGUCAGAAGUGGUGAUUAAAGACAAUGAUUUAUUUAUACCGAAAAGACAUCGAAACCAAUCGGUCUGUACUGAGAGUCACAGCGAUUCCAACGACGAGAUUGUGGUCACCAUUGAGAAUGUGGUGCGGAUGGAGACCACUGAAGACACGUUCUCUGUUGAUGACUAUCAGCUGAUGAGGUCUUUAGGACUUCCCACUCGUUUCACGUCCAGAGACGCCAACAAGAGGUCGAAGAGAUCUCAACAAAAGACCAAAACUGUUGCCAAACAGAAGAAGUUUUACGAAGACAUCGACGCCGUGUCCGAAAAGUUGUCCGAUUUAUUGAGCAGAGAGUGCGACGAAUCUCAUGUCGAUAUAAGUCCAGUGAUGUCGCCGAUAGAGUCCAUGAAUGACACGUUAGAAGAUUUCGGUUCCGUUCAGGCGUUUAAUCGCCCGAAAGAAGUGAAAGACUUGAGUCACUUCAAGAGAGAGCACUUAUGGCUCGAUAUGGCUGUUGACGCCACUGAAGAGCAACACUCAGAUGACAAGUCU